GGUUUUGCCACUGCAGACCUGCUGGUAUUAUGGAAGAGGUUUGGAGCGCAGCUUUCAAACGCGGCAACAAGCAGAUGUUUCAGUUUCCAACCUGAAGAACAGGUUCUGCAGAUAUAAAAGCAGCUAAGUGUCUGUUCAAGAUUGUUACCGCCCUCUGACUCUUUCUGCCUCCUCCCACUUUGAACUUGUUACCCUGGAGCCGAACUGUUUGAAUAAGGGCUGUAAAAGCUGCUUUGUGAUCAGUUAGCUGAGAGCCCUCAACAUGUAAAGCGCAGGGAGGAGCCUUCUCUCUCUGGUUUUGCAGUUCCCUCCCCUCCACUUUUUUUUUUUCUCAUGCUCAUGGAAGUUCCGAUGUAACAUGGAAAGAAGUUGGGACAGGUUGACUGCACAGUCCAGAGAGGAGAGACAAAGGUUUGUGGCAUGCUAGAGAUCCUGGAAAGAUUGACUGCUGAACUCGUGUCAUGCUGGGAAGGACCAUCACAUCCAUUCUACCAGGGCUGAGCUCAGUUGUCAUUCUCUGUCUGCACUGACACUGUAUUUUUUACUCUUCAACAUGUGGAAUACGUGUCUGCAGAGUUAAACCAGGACAAUCUCCUGAAAAUGGAAUUCCACAGAAGGCACAUGCUGUAAUUUCUUGAAUAAGCCAACAACAUCCUCUAAAUUUUUUUUUUUUUUUUUUUGCUGAUUUUUAUUACUCAACUGAAAGAGCAAGCAGUGUUGCUAGAUUGCUCUGAAAGCUAGAGAUGGCUCUGCCUUCUCCAAAAUCUGUGGCAGGAGAUCUAACACAAAGAGAAGAACUCAUGCUCCAUAAUGAAAGCUGUUUCCAUUUCCUCUCUACAAACGUCAUCACAGUAGUGGAAAGAUGUAUGAGCUCCAUGCAGGCUGGUACCCAAAUGAUCAAACUCCGUGGUGGUUCCAAAGGGUUGGUCCGCUUCUAUUACCUGGAUGAGCACAAGUCAUGCAUUCGUUGGAGACCCUCCCGAAAGAAUGAGAGAGCCAAAAUUUCCAUCGACUCUAUUCAAGAAGUUUGUGAGGGGAAGCAAUCGGAGAUCUUUCAGCGCUAUGCUGAUGGCAGUUUUGAUCCUAACUGCUGCUUCAGCAUCUACUAUGGAGAUCAUAUGGAAUCCCUUGACCUGGUGUCUUCCAGUGGAGAUGAAGCACGUACUUGGAUCACAGGGCUAAAAUACCUGAUGGCAGGGAUCAGUGAUGAAGACAGCCUCUCAAAACGCCAAAGAACCAGAGAUCAGUGGUUGAAGCAGACAUUUGAUGAAGCAGAUAAAAAUGGUGAUGGCUGUCUGAGUAUUAAUGAAGUGCUCCAACUAAUGCACAAACUGAAUGUCAACCUACCCCGACAAAAAGUCAAGCAAAUGUUCAAGGAGGCUGAUACAGAUGAUAACCAGGGCACGCUAGGCUUUGAUGAGUUCUGCACCUUCUACAAGAUGAUGUCAACACGACGUGAUUUGUACUUGCUAAUGCUCACCUACAGCAACCACAAGGACUUCCUGGAUACAGAUGACCUGAGACGCUUUCUGGAGAGUGAACAAAAGAUGACAAAUGUGACCAGAGAACACUGCCUGGAAAUUAUCGACAAGUUUGAACCAUGCCUGGAAAACAAGAAGGCAGGAGCUCUGGGGAUUGAUGGUUUCACCAAUUACAUGCGGAGUCCCUCAGGGGACAUUUUCAACCCAGAACACUACCAAGUGAAUCAGGACAUGAGUUACCCUUUGAGUCACUAUUUCAUUACCUCUUCACAUAAUACCUACCUCAUGGGAGAUCAGCUGAUGUCCCAGUCUAGGGUGGACAUGUAUGCAUGGGUGCUACAGUCUGGCUGUCGCUGUGUUGAAGUUGACUGCUGGGAUGGGCCGGAUGGUGAACCAAUUGUCCACCAUGGAUACACUUUGACUUCCAAAAUUCUCUUCAAAGAUGUGAUUGAAACUAUCAACAAAUACGCCUUUAUCAAGAAUGAGUACCCUGUUAUCUUGUCAAUUGAGAACCACUGCAGUGUAAUUCAGCAGAAGAAGAUGGCCCAAUAUCUUACAGAAAUUCUGGGUGACAAACUGGAUCUGUCUUCUGUGCACAAUGAUGACUCUACCAGGCUCCCUUCACCAGCAAGUCUUAAAGGGAAGAUACUGGUUAAGGGGAAGAAACUUCCAGCCAACAUUAGUGAUGAUGCAGAGGAGGGUGAAGUUUCUGAUGAGGACAGUGCUGAUGAGAUUGAUGAUGACUGUAAAAUAAUGAAUGGAGAUGCAGCUACAAAUAGGAAAAGAGUGGAGAACAUAGCAAAGAAAAAACUUGACUCACUGAUAAAAGAAUCCAAAAUCCGUGACUGUGAAGAUCCAAACAAUUUUACAGUUGCCACUCUGCCAUCAUCUGCGAAGACUGGUCAGAAAUCAGACAGUAAGAAGCAAUUGGAGCAUGAAAUGUACACACGAAAUGACUUUUCAACAGAAAAAAAUUGUUUCCCAUUAUAUAAAAAAAAUAAACUUGAGGAUGAUGUGGAAUCUGGGGAAGACUUCAGUACCAAUAAAAGGCACAGCCGGACAUUGAUGGGCAGCUUUUCUAAACGCAAGAAAAAAGGAAGCAAAUUGAAAAAAUCAACCAGUCUGGAAGAAGGUGAAGAUGAUGCUGAUUCUCAAGGAAAUGUAGCCAGAGGCUCUGUACAUUACACCAGGAUAAACCGGCAGAAGAAAACAAUGAAGUUGUCCCGGGCACUCUCAGACCUGGUGAAAUAUACAAAGUCUGUUGGCAUCCAUGAUGUUGAAGCUGAAAUCUCUUCCAGCUGGCAGGUUUCAUCUUUCAGUGAAACAAAAGCCCACCAGAUACUGCAGCAAAAGCCAGCACAGUAUCUGCGUUUCAACCAACAUCAGUUAUCCCGCAUCUACCCGUCUUCCUACCGCGUAGACUCCAGCAACUACAAUCCCCAGCCAUUCUGGAAUGCGGGCUGCCAACUCGUGGCUUUAAACUACCAGUCAGAGGGGAGAAUGCUGCAACUGAACCGGGCCAAAUUUAGUGCCAAUGGGAAUUGUGGCUAUGUCCUCAAACCGGACUGCAUGUGUCAAGGCAUCUUUAAUCCAAAUUCUGAAGAUCCACUGCCUGGUCAGUUGAAGAAACAGCUGGUUCUAAGAAUUAUCAGUGGUCAACAGCUCCCAAAACCACGGGAUUCCAUGCUGGGAGACAGAGGAGAGAUCAUAGAUCCAUUUGUUGAAGUAGAAGUUAUAGGCUUACCUGUCGAUUGCUUCAAAGAACAAACUAGAGUAGUUGAUGAUAAUGGAUUUAACCCAAUGUGGGAAGAAACAUUGGUGUUCACGCUGCACAUGCCAGAGAUCGCGUUGAUUCGGUUCCUGGUGUGGGACCAUGAUCCAAUUGGGCGGGAUUUUAUUGGACAAAGAACAAUAGCUUUCAGCAGUAUGAUGCCAGGUUACCGACAUGUAUACCUAGAAGGUAUAGAAGAGGCAUCCAUCUUUGUUCAUGUGGCUAUUAAUGACAUCUGUGGUAAGGUCAAACAAGCUCUGGGCCUAAAAGGCCUAUUUCUCAGAAAUCCAAAGCAGGCCUCCCUGGACAGUCAUGCUGCUGGUCAGCUCCACCGCAAACAUUCCUUUAGCAGCCACAUCUUGAGACGGACAGCAAGUGCACCCACCAAAAGCCAGAAGAAGAAGAAGGGCUUUCCUGAAAUUGUUUUUGACACAAAAGACAACAGCUCUGAAGGGGCCAGUGAAGACCACGAAGCAGAAGCUGCCUCACAGCCUUGCUUUGCGCAAGAGUCAGAAAGUGCUUCUCUGUCACCAGCUCCCAGGGAUGGUGCCAGUGGGGAGAUACAAGGCAAAGGGUUGAAAGAUGUCAGCCAUUUCUCGAUGCAGAGGUCAGUCACUUCUUUAUGCAGCCUAGAAACCAUCACUGAAGAGCCUGUUAUUGCAAAUGAAAGCCAUCAUGCCAGCCUCUUCUUUCCUCUACCCAUUACUCCUUACAGUGAUUCUGAAGAAGGAUCUAUGUCUGAUCACUCCAGUGACUCUCAAACAAAAGGGAACAACCCAUCGAACCGGCCUCCAGAACCUCUGCUCACUGGAGAACAAAGACCAAAUUUGGCUGCAGAAGACCAGAUGCAGACAGCCACAAAAGCAGCUGACAUCAAUGCAUUAGUCCAAGACAAUGAGAGGACAAGCGUGGCAGGACUUCUCAAAGAAGAAAAUGGUUGGACACAGGCAUGCAGUGAAGCUGAAGAUCAAGUUAAUUUGGCAGCGCAUCCUCAGAAAGCCUGGCUGGGGGUGGCAGAAGCUCAGAGUGCUGGCCAGCCUGUUGAAAACUGCCAGAAGCAGAAAGACCAAACAGGGCAGGUAUUGAAAGACUUGGAAACCGCUGCUGUAUUGAAAAGCCAAAAGCCUGGUGCAGCAGCUGUCCUGCAGCAAAACAAUGUGAUUAAUGGCUCACAUCCAACUUUGUCUCCAGAUAUUUUCCAGAAAUCCCAGGCUUCACAGGCUCUACCUGUUUCUCAGACGAGCUCUUACAUGUUAAUAAGGAAGUCAAAGAGUGAAGGGCUGAAAAAGUCAGACUCCUCAGCUUUAAUAAAAAAUCCAAGUAGCCUAUCUCCAGCAGCAGAAGUAUACUUUGAUGCUACUGUUAAUGACCGGAUCUGGAGCAAGCUAGAUUGCAGCAAUCAUCGUGACAGCAUGUCUUCCUCUUCCAGCAUGUCCUCCAAUGACACUGUGAUAGAUCUCUCUCUACCUAAUCUAGCUCGCAAAAGCCUUCCAGAUCUUGGCAUCCGGCAUGAGAACUUUGAGCCCCUUACCAUGAGAAGGGGUAUUCGCCCACGGUCUGCUACAACGUCAGGUAAUGAAAUGCCAAUAGUGAGCAAGAGUAAAUCCAAUCCUAACCUGAGGUCUGACCAGCUGCCAGCGGAUGAAUUAUGCCCCCGUCCUCUCGCAAGGAGUCCUCAGGAUGCAUUCUCAUCCAUUCCUAGGAGGCAUACCUGGAGCAGGCUGUACAUAGAAAGUCUCAGGCAAUCUUCUAACAAAUCCAAAGCACAGGAUAAGGUUGGGAAUAACCAGGUGAAAUCCAAGAGUCUUGGAGACCUUACCUCUGAUGACAUUGUGUGCACUUUUGAAAGCAAAUAUCGUAGCAUCAGCAGGAGUUUUGUCACUCGAUCAAUGCGUGAGCAGCGCCGCUCUGCAGGCCUGAGAACCUCUGUCAGACCCCAGGAUGAAUUGACUGAGCAGCUGAAGAAGCUAACAGCCUUUCAGCAGGAAAAUGAUAUCACUUCCCCCAUCAGUCUUGAUCCAACCGAAUCUGAAGAGGAAGCGGAGAGCUUAGGACUCCUUCGCAGGUCAUCAUCUCGCAGUCAGAGCAGGGUGCGGUACAUUGCCAACAGGGCCAAGCAGGCUCAGGAGAGACAGCGACUGCAAAGCCUGGGCCAGCUCAGUGGGAGUCCCAUUGAAGAGAGAGGAAAUCCAGAGGGAGCCUGCAGCGUUUCAAAAGCAGUCUGUAUGGAUAUAGCUUCUCCUGCUGUGUUUACAUCCCAGCCUAAGAACCAAACUGACUAUAAUACUGACACAGAAGUCUUCUUUAUGCUGAAACUGUAAUUCUAGAGGGCACUGAGUAAGGUGAUGUUUACAUUCAAGACAAAACAUAGUGACCUGAGAGGCACAAAAUAUCCUUGUAUGGCUUAGUGCUUCCUGGCCUUCCCUAGAUGGCAAAGACACUUAAGAUCCUGACUCCAAAAGAAUAGAUGAGUGUUCGACUUGUCACCCGUCUGUGGAAUUCGAUCAACCAAGUGAAAUCAGAGACAUAUUUUUACAGUCUUAAUGACCUGACCUCCUUUUUUUGUUACGUUUUUUCCAGCCUCAAAUCUGGCCUCCUUUGCGGUGUGACCACUUCUUUGCAUUUGCAACUUGCUCUGUGCAAAACUUUUGCUCCUUAUUACUUUCAUUAAUUGCUUUGUCUAGCAGUUAAACAUCAGUGAUGUUAGCAACAGCUGAUGUUACUCUUACGAAUUAUGUAUCUGUGAAAGGAGGCUGGAUUUGAAAUCACGUAGCUUGUUUUGGUGUUCUCAUGAAGAGCUGGAGGCAUCUGGGAAACAGUCAAAAUUGCAGUGGAAUUCUUUCCUUAAUUAAUAAUAUAGUAGAUAAAGUCUUAUUUCAAUGAAAAUCCAUAUUGUCGCACUCUUUGAAGAAAGAAAAUCUGUUGCCAUGUUCCAAAGGAAUGCUUUUUUUUUUUUUUAGACCAAACUUGUUUUUAUAUAUAUAUAUAAAAGUAUAUAUGUAUGCCUCUGUGUGUAUGCAGGUAUGUGUCUGCUUGUAUGUGUACACAUGCACACACUUAGACUGAACUGUGACUGUUUCUUGUCUCAAAACAUCAUCUGUGGGAAUGAGAUGAGAAGGGAGAAUUAGUCAAAAAAGGCAGGAAACAUCUUCUGAUACUGAUUCAGAAAUGACUAAAAAGCACACUGAUCUUUUCUUGAAAACAGAACCAUCCCUUCUUUAUGGUAUUUUAACAAUGCUGCUGUACAUAGCACUUUUUUGGAUGAAUUUUACUACUUCUGUAUUGCACUGCCAUGCAAAAUUUUCAAUGAUAUGUUUUAAAAUAUAUAUAUUUAAUUUUUUUAGAUGGACAUAUUUAGAGUUAUAUAGCAAGCUAAACAGAAUAACCAUUUCUCCUCCCCAUUUUUUUAAUGUUUUUUUUUCCUCCAUCCCAUCUCCCCCUCCAAAGUCAUUUAUUAUAGAUGUAUUUUAUCAGUGAUGGAGAAGAUUGUUUACUGAGAUGCAUUUUAAAGAGAAAGAGGUUUAAUUUUAUUUUCAAGCUGCAUAGGGCCCCUAUUAUUGAGAAAAUAUUUUGCUUUUGUUUGUAAUGAUUCUUCUGUGUAUAUUGCAAAAUCUAAAAAUUUGUUUGUAAGACCACCUUGUUCUACUAAAAUAAACAUAUUUAAUCUUCCA